AUGUCUAGACACAAGAGAGCGUUGAUACUUGUUCCUGACCUCAAGUAUCUUCCUCCAGGUCCUACUUCGACUGUCAAUGAAGGAACAUUAUCUCUUAAAUCCUCGAUCCAGUCUUGUCUAUCCAAAAUCCCUGACGCUCUGCUCUAUGAUAACACAGCUACCUUGCACGGCAGCGAAAUGGGGAGUAGCAUCUCGCAAGCGUUCAGGCGCCAACGCCCGCAUACCGACCCUCUCUCGAGCCUCAAUCAGCGCAAGGCUCAUAUUCACGGUCUCGCUGAUGCACAGGAUCCUCAGGUAAAUUUGGUGUCUUCCUGGGGUCAGGGUGCAAGAAACCGUCCAUUACCGCCGACUCCACACCCUAUGUCGAAGUCUGCGCUCGAGACGUUGGAGAUUAAUCUCAUACGACAAAAUGGGAUGAUGAGGCAAUCAAUCGCACUGAAUAGAAAGCUCGUUUAUCGGGUGCUACUGCGUUUAGUUUCUCAGAUACGACAAUUGGCUUCUGCGCUCGGAUCGGUUGUCACGGAGGCAAACCUCUUGAUUGAGCAAUUGAAUACCGACUGGCGACAGUACAUUGAGGAUGUUAUCAAGGAGGAAACAGAUCCAGAAAUCCAGGACUCAGGUAUCGAUUUAGCCUGCAGCUUAGAUGCCAAAUAUCACGCCGGCAACAUUGACCAUAGAUCAGAGUCAAGACUACGGGAUUCGGGUAUAAGUUUGAGCUACGAGCCAGACUCGAUGGAGCCAAACUAUAUAAUAAGUGAUCAUAUACCUCGUUCCGCUACACAGGCAGGUGGCAGAGAUUUCAAUUCACUAAACAGCCCAUCCAUGAAUCGAGGAAGUUUGAACAUGGGAAAGAGCAAGGAGGAUCAAGGUCAAAGCUGGCCUUAUGUAGAACCUCUUCGAAUAGCUCAUCAGAAAUCUCAGCCUUCCCCUGGUUGUGAUACUGUGUCCUCGAAAGCUAAAUUGAGGCAACGCCUCGCCAUGCUUCAUUAUGAGCGCAUGUACUACAGGAGACUGGCCAACGAGGCAGUCGUCCGAUUUGUACCUACAAUAAAACAUCACGUUCACAAGGUCCAGAAUCUUUUGCACGAGUAUAGCACGGAGGAGAAUAGACUCAGGAGUUUACUCCAGCAGCAGAUAAACCUUCGAACCACUGAGCAUUCUACUAGCGAUGGAUAA